AUGGUGAGUAUAUCUUCUCUUGCUCAAGACUUGUACAAUUGUCGCUAUUCAUCGACUGAUCUCGUUCGUUGGUAUUUUGCUCGUAUCGAUGCUGUCAAUAGAAAAGGUCCUCAUCCGCUAUUUGCUGUUAUUGAAACUAAUCCAGAUGCUUUAGUGAUUGCCGAAGCUCUUGAUCGAGAGCGACACACUACUGGUGCUAGGUCGCCACUUCACGGAAUUCCUAUUUUGGUUAAGGAUAAUGUGGUCACUGACGAUCAGAUGCAAACAACAGCCGGCAGUCUUGCUCUUGUAGGAUCUCGACUAGGUCGGGAUGCUCAUGUUGUUCGUCGAUUACGGCAAGCAGGUGCUAUCAUUUUGGGCAAAGCAUCGCUUUCUGAAUGGUCGAGUUUUCGAUCUCAGAAUCAAUCGAGAAAUGGAUGGUCACCAAGAGGUGGACCAACUAGUUCAGCAUAUGUUGCUAAUGGUGAUCCGUCGGGCAGUAGUAGUGGUUCAGCAGUUGCUGCCGCCACGGGAUUAUGUGCUGCAGCAAUCGGAACAGAGACAGCUGGUAGCAUUGUUGCGCCAUCGAGUGUUGCAAAUAUUGUUGGUCUCAAACCGACAGUUGGUCUCGUAUCUCGUUCAGGCGUGAUCCCUAUUUCACGCUAUCACGAUUCGAUCGGACCAAUGUGUCGAACAGUCGAAGAUGUUGCCAUUCUGCUUGGUGAAAUUACUAAAAUGGAUUUCACCUAA